AUGUCACUGAAGGCAUUCGACCUCGGUGGACAGCUCGACGUACUCGCGGCCCUCGCGCGAGUCGACGUAGAUGCGGAGGCUGCGUUCCAACUACCAUCCACGACAAUCGUGCCCUUCGCAGCCCUGCCAUCCUGCGCGGCCGAGUGCGGUCCGCUCUACGACGCGAACGGCAUCUGCGUGCCUCCCAACGUCCCAGACUCGGACGCGACUUCGUACGCGGCGUGCUUCUGCGACUACGACGAGGUCCGGCCGUUCCUGACGGGCACGGCCGGCGUAUGCGACGAUGCGUGUCCUUACGACCCUGGGGACUUGUCGAGCAUCCACGUCUGGGUGUCGAGCUUCUGCGCUGAUGAGGGGGCUGCUGCGAUGUCGACUUCUGCGCCCUUGAUGCCCACGAGCGGUGUCGCGACAACGACGGAUGCAAGCGCGGGGGUCCUGUCCACUACCGGUACAGUUGUUUCGUCGAUGGUCAAUGCGAAUACAUCGGUAUCAUCUGCUGCUGCCACGCCGGAUACUUCAGUCUUGGGAAGCCAGGCAGCUGCGGAUGGACGCGGUGGUCGCAGUCUUGCGGGUGUCGUUAUUGGGACAAUGGUGGGGAUGCUCUGUUCGUGA